UGUAUGUAUCUGCAUGUGUGUGUGAGUGAGAGAGAGCGUGUCUGUGACGUCACUCUCCCAGAAUGCAUGGCUUCCAGCGCGGCGCCCACUAGUCAGUCAGUCCAGGCCCGAAAUCCAAUCACCUAAUAAACGUCUUUAAAACUUAAAAACUCGGCCACGAAAUGUCCACGACGAGACGCAGCGGAGACCGGACGGCGAACCGGACCGAGGCACCAUCGAUCUCUGAAGACGUUGAGCUGCUUCUGUGAUUCAGUUUCUGGGCUUGCGGCGUUUCAGGGCUGCUGAAUACUAAAAUAGACUGCAGGCAAACACAAGUGCUCCUCUCAGGAAACGCGUAGAUCCAGUCAGUGCUUCCAAAGUUUCUCAUCACAGUAGCCCUUUUGGGGUUGCUAUGGCAGCUGCUGUCACAGAAACCAAGUGCUGGACACAGGCUUGCUCCAGUAAGGCAGGACAGACCACUAGUCAUUGCUGCAAGAGACCAUCAAACAGUCAACAAACGGCACUUAACGUCAAUUCCGCACUCUGAAGUUCAACACAAUGGCUGGACGUCUGUAGGCCGAUGGUCAGAUCUCCUCAUGAGUUUUGUCUAUGUCUGCUCAGGCUCUUUGCCAGAGUCCCUGUGCAACAGCAGAGCCAGCGUCGUUCCUUCCGUUAGACCAUGUUCCACCAGCAGGACCAUCUGAAGAGCCAGCUGCAGGAGAGCCACUCAGCCGGCAGGCAGCUUUUCCACUGCCAGGAGUGUGGGAAGCAGUACAACACCCAGCUGGGUUACAGACGCCACCUGGUGGCAGCCCAUAAUGCCACGGCGGCGGGCCUGCCCUGCCCGGAGGGGGCCCCCCCCUCCCUCCUGGAGCACCUGGGCAGCCACAUCGACAGGCCUCCGCCACCGGAGGGCGGCACUAACGUGGCCGUGCCGGUGCGAGAGAGGAAGUACUCGUGCGAGCGCUGCGACCGCCGCUUUUACACCCGCAAGGACGUCCGGCGCCACGCCGUGGUGCACACGGGCCGCCGCGACUUCCUGUGCCCGCGCUGCGCCCAGCGCUUCGGCCGCCGAGACCACCUGACGCGCCACCUGAAGAAGAGCCACGCCCAGGAGUCGGGCCUGAUGCCGCCCUGCGCCCCCAGCACUCCCGUGGCGACGCUGACCCCCGCCGCCCAGUGCCCGGCGAAAGCGCCCAGCCCUGUCACCUCCGACAUGGGCCCCGUCUCCAAGGAGCCCAUGGAGGCCUUUUCCAGGGACAUGUACACGUCCUACCCCAUGGCCAACCCUGUCCCCGGCAUGAGCCACCCCCACGGCCUCAUGCAGGGCUCCCUGUCGUCCGGCAUGGGCGUGGGGCGCCACAUGUCCCCCCAGUCCUCCAACCCCCACCACCACCACCACCACCCCAUGCAGCCCCCGGCAGCUCCGCAGCAGCAGUCCUACGGCAGCAUGUCACGGUACCAGCACGGAUCUACCUCAUAUCCUCGCGCCGAGAUGGACAGUUUCCUGCUGGACUUGCAGAGCGCCCCCCCGCCUCACCUGAGCGCAGUCAACUCCUCUACCUCUGCUUCUGCCUCCCCUCAGAAGGAGGUCCUGGGCGAAGGCGGCGUCGGUGUCGGUAGCGCCGGCGACCCCCACCUGCUGUCCAGGAGCCCCGCCGUCUCUUCGACCGAGCUGUCCUGCACCACUAACAUGGAUAUCGGGCCCCUGCUGAGCUUCUUGCCUUUCAGCCUGCCGCCUUACAACCCUCACAUGGGGAUGGGAGGGAUAGUGAUGAGCUACCCGCCCGCCACCACCACCGCCUCCCCUCCGUCGUCUUCUACGGGGCUGUCCUCCCAGGCUCCAGGGCCGUUCACCUUCUUUCAGCCCCCCCAGGCUCACGUACCGCAGGGCCCCGGGGCGCACAACCACAGCCAGCUACCUCAAGCGUACAGCAGUCCUGCAAUGAGCACUUCUAGCUCCCUACCUCACUAUUACCAGGCCUUUCAGCAGUAAGCAGCUCCUGUCCUACAAAUAUUGCCUUCAUAAUGCACUCAUGAAUUCUUCGUGGAAAAGGGUAAAAAAAAAAACAUGAGAGUGGAUCAUUUUAUUGUAGAAAAAAAAAAAAAACAAAUGUGUAACUUUAGCCUGUUGUCAGUGCUAAUGAUGCUAAUUUUUAGUUGUUAUUGUUGAACACAACAAAGCACCUCAACAGUAUUACCUCAUUAUUUAAAAACUAAGCUUGAAUGUUUGAGGAUAUGUAGGUGAUCUCACUACAACCAAAAUGGAGUUCUACUUCUUUUUGUCUGACAUUCUUCUUCUUCGUUUAUUUUUAGUUUUGUUUUUUUUUUUUUUUU